UUGAUCAUUACUUCCACCUUACAAUUUGUUUUAACAGUACUUUCCGGUUGCACAGGUUCGAGAGCUGCGAUUUUUCUCUGCGUUUUCGGUCAAGACGGCGAGCUCUGUUGCGUGUGUGAUACUGUUUCAGACUUCAGUAACAACAACUAAAUUACCGAGUUCCUGAGGAUUGUUGUUCUCAUCGUACGAUACAAGUUAUGAAGAGUUCGUGAAGAGGACAAAUUAAAUAAAAACACUCCGACGAGGAAGCGGCCAACGUUAUGAUUUCAACAGCUGACAGGUGUGAGUAGUAUCUAGAAGAACUCAACGAUGUGGACCGAUAAACAACGGGGGAUCCGAGUGUCUCAGAAGGAGCUGCUCUGCAAGAACGCCUGCGGCUAUUAUGGAAACCCAGCGUGGCAGGGCUUCUGCUCCAAGUGCUGGAGAGAGACGGCCCGACCAGCUGCCGCCUCCAGGCAGGACGCGAGUCCGGCCAGUGAUGGAACUCCGCUCACCUUCUCCAAAUUUGAGGAGAAGAAAAGCACUGAAAAAGGUCGUCGAAUCAACACAAUGAGGAGACUCUUCUGGGGCACCCCAUCACCUCCCAAACCUCAAGAGUCCUUUGAACGGCAUGCCAAUGUGUUGAAACCUUAUCAAAGCCUCGAGCCCGGAGACUUCACGGGUUUCCUAAAGAUACUGAAGAGCCCUUCCUCCCAGCGCCUGCAGUCUCGAUGUACAGCGUUCCUCAACACAAUGGAGGCUUACCAUGACCUGCCGGUACAGAAGCAGUCAGAUCAUGUGCAGGAUUUCUUCCAGUCUUUUGCUGAUUAUUUUAGCACUUUACCAGAGGCUCAGGUCACUCGCAUAAUGGAGCAUGUAGAGAAGUUAAUAAUGACACGGUUGCACAAAUGGGUCUUCUGCCAUGACAGCUGCGAUGAUGAACAGAAGGACCUCGCUCUCCAGAGGCGGAUACGAUCUUUGAACUGGAUUACUCCCCAGAUGCUCAGCGUACCUUUCCCUGAUAAAAAGACUGAAGUCACCGGCGACCCCUUUCUGCCUGCUAUAACGGCUAUAAUUGAAAUGGAUGCUAAACGAGCGCCUCAGGACAAACUUGCAUGUGUCUCUAAAUGCAGCCAGCAUGUCUUCGAAGCGCUCUCCACCUCCAACAGUGAGCCGGCUAAUGCUGACGACUUCCUGUCGGCUUUGGUUUAUGUGGUGCUGAAGGCCAAUCCUCCUCGCUUACACUCCAACAUGCAAUAUGUCAUUCGUUUCGGUCUCCCUCACAGUCUGAUGGCAGGAGAGAGCGGCUAUUAUUUCACCAAUCUGUCUUGUGCAGUGGCCUUCAUCGAUAAGCUGGAUGGACCAGCUCUCAACCUCAGUCCAGCGGAGUUUGAGGGCUACAUGCUGCGUCAGCGUGCUCCCACUGAAGGAAAGAGGCAGCAGGUUGAUAGCGACACGCAACAUCUGUUGGAAGAACUCCAAGGCCGACAGGAGAAGCUGGACCAAGGGAUGGAUGCUCUCAAUCUGCAGCUACAGCACUGGGUCAAAGCGGUUCACUCACAGCUGGAUGAGGCGACAGCCCAGUUUGCUGUGGUGCAGAAGGAGAUAGCAGCUCAGGGCGAGCUCUCGCAGGUUUUUCCAUCCUCAUCUCAUAAUGCAUCACCUCAAGAGGACAACAAAGACGAGUCUGUUCUGGUCCUUACCGAUCAACGUGCUGGAACACAAGAUACAGACUGUUAGCUUUAUUAACACAAACGCCAGACCUGGUACAGGACUUCUUCUU